AUGCCUUCCGCAACUAUAACCGUCUUAUCCGUGAAGUCCGAGGCCGAGGCCCAGGCCCCUGAUGUUCAGGCAUUUUUAGGCUUCUUUGCCCAAUUCAAGGAAUUAUCUCCCACAGUGGGCUUCAAUAUGAUUCUGACAGUCCACAACAAAAACAUGGCACUGCGGAGUCAUCUGAAGUCCAAAGAAGAGCAAGUCAUCGACCUUGAGAAGAAGAUAAGAGACUGUGAUUUGAAGAAGGAGACAGCCAUCAACGAAAUAUUCCUGAUAAAUAAGAAAGAAAGGCAGCGCCAUCAAGAUACCCAAAGUCAUGCGCAAGAGCUUCAAAAGACCCUGCAAGAGAAAGACAACCUUAUAAGAAAAGCAAAGGCCAAGUUCAGAAAACAAACGGAGGUUUUAGUGCAGGCGCAACAGGACAUCAGUGCCCUACAGGAAUUUGCCUCUGGGUUUUAUGAAGGGGACAAGGGCUCCCUGAUAAAUGAUUUCACUGGUCUGUGGCAGUUCACUAAGACAGAGCUGUACUCCCAGUUCAAUGUCAACUUCACUACAGAAACUAUCUCGAACGGCUCAGCGUGGACCAAUCUAAAACACUGCAAUCUUGUCCAUAAUUACCACAUUCCCCUACCUUGUUCGAAUACCCCGCCAGCGAAACAAAUCCGCUUAGCAAUUAUUCUUGCUAUCCUCGCGAGGGAGAUCAACAAAUAUAUCUUCCAGCCAUGCUACAUCAUCCCUGAAGAUACCUGUAUUCGGAAAAUUCUUAGUGAUCUUGCCAUGACUGACAGUGAGAAGAAAUCAUUUUACUGGUCUGUCCUGCAGUCAAUUAAUACGCAAGCCCAAGAAAAAGCUCUUUCAUCGACUAUCCAGGCUGUCGUCGGUCGCGUGCUGUCAUACUUUGACAAUUUACUGACAGAGGCACAACAUAUGUCAAUGCGCUCUAGUUUGGAAAAGAUCGUGCGGAAAGCCGCAGGAGAUGAGAAUGCUCUAACCAUAUUUCCACGCCUUUCAGUCAUAGAGAACAAUCGCAUGACAUUACACACCGUUGUAAUCCAGCUUAACAGAUCAUCACCUCUCUUCUGCGCAGCGUCCAGUGAAUUACCAAAGGCGACAUCCAAUUCUAGCGUGGUUCGAGUCAUGGCAAAGACUUUACGGGGCAAAUCUGCCAACUCCAAAGGUGCAAACCAGUCAGACAGACACUCAAAUGGUACUAGAAAGGCAUGUAGAAAAUGA